CAGGCAGCUUCCCGGGAUCGCGGGGCGAAGUGCGGCCGGGAAAACGUGUUCUGCCUGGAGCCCAGGCCGGCGGGAGGACGCCAUGCCCGGCUGGGUGGUCUUUGGGGGGCUGCUCUGGAUGCUGAGCGUCUCAGCCGCGGACGAUUCCGAAGUCGAGGAGCGCCUGAAAGGGCAGCUCUUCCAGAGUUACUCCGCCUCGGUGCUUCCCAUCCGCCGCGUCUCCCAAAAGGUCCCGGUGCGGCUGGGCAUGUCGCUCUCGCAGCUAAUCAGCUUAAAUGAAAAGGAUGAAGAACUGACCACAAAGGUCUACUUGGACCAGGAGUGGAUCGACUAUCGGCUCACCUGGGAUCCGGCCGAAUUCGAAGGAAUCACGUCCAUCCGACUCGGUGCAGACGAAGUGUGGCUCCCAGAUAUCGUUCUCAUGAACAACAACGACGGCGGCUUCGACAUUGCUCUCAGUGUGAACGUCCUGGUGCAUCACAGCGGGAGGGUCCAGUGGCAGCCCCCAGCCCUCUAUCGGAGCAGCUGCAGCAUCCAGGUGACCUAUUUCCCAUUCGAUUGGCAAAACUGCACGAUGGUCUUCCGCUCGUACACUUACGACGCCUCGGAAAUCACCCUCCUGCAUCCCAUCAACGAGGAAGGGCAGGAGGUGAAGGAGAUCCUGAUAUACGAAAACACGUUUAUCGACAACGGGCAGUGGGAGUUCCAGCACAAACCCUCCCGUAAGAACACGCAUCCGGGAGAUCCGCUCUACGAGGACAUCACUUUCUACCUCAUCAUCCGCCGUAAACCGCUCUUCUACCUCAUCAACGUCAUCAUCCCUUGUAUCUUGAUCACCAUCCUGGCCAUCUUCGUGUUUUACCUCCCGCCGGACGCUGGCGAGAAGAUGACCCUCUCCAUCUUCGCCCUCCUCACCCUCACCGUCUUCCUGCUGCUGCUGGCCAAAAAGGUCCCGGAGACGUCCCUGGCGGUACCCAUCAUCAUCAAGUACCUCAUGUUCACCAUGAUCCUGGUCACUUUCUCCGUCAUCCUCAGCGUGGUCGUCCUGAACAUCCACCACCGCUCGCCCAGCUCCUACAAGAUGCCCUUCUGGGUCAGGCAGGCUCCCUCGGUAUUUGUGCCUGCGGCGACCGAAGCCGGAACCGCCCCUCCCAGCCCCCCCUCCCAAGGUGAAGGUGAAGAGCAGCCGCUAUGCCAACGAGUAUUUUAUCCGGACCCCCACCUGCGACUUCUCCAAACCCAACAGGUUCCAGCUGGAGGUCUUCUCCAUGGACAUGAAGAGAUUCAUCGAUGGUCCCAGCCACUGCCUGGCCCUCCCACCAGACCUCCAGUCUGCCAUGGACGCGGUCCUCUACAUGGCCCAGCAGCUCCAGGAGCAGGAAGACUACGAUGCGCUGAAGGAAGACUGGGAGUACGUGGCCUUCGUGGUAGACCGUCUCUUCUUCUGGACCUUCAUCGUCUUCACCACCAUUGGCACCCUCAUCAUCUUCCUGGACGCCAGCCUCCACCUGCCCCCGGAGAAGCCUUUCCCCUGAGGAGACCCUCCCUCCAGGAAGGCAGACCCUGGACAAGGCGACCCAGAAGCUGCUGGAGAUGCCUUCAACCAUCUCCAUCUGGAACAGCAGCUCCUCCGACCAGGCGCUCUUUGAAUGGGUUGGACUGGAACUCUCCACCAGAAGGGGGGUGGGUGGGCUGAGGCUCAUAGGAGUUGGGGUCCAAGACAGGUGGAAGACCCUGCAUCCCUCCCCCCUGCAGGAAAGGUUCCCCCCCCCCAAGUCUUGCUACUUUUGAGUUUUGGAUCGGAAGAAUGACUCCUUGGGAAUUUCGCUCUCGUUGGAAGAAGGUUGUAGAGAGAUGGAAUUAGGGUUUCUGUCACCCCGAAUUUCUUUCUGGUCUCCCGCUAAAUUCCCUCCUCCUCCUUCCAGUCUUGGGCAUUCCAGAAGGGUGAGACUACAGUUCCCAUCACCCUCUGCCCACUCAACAGGCAUCCAGCCAGGAUUUAAACAAUUCUGCUUUUCCUUUGUGAAAAUUAAACCAUUUUAUUUUAUUUUUUAAAAGUGCUCUUUUUCUUAAUUUAAUGGGAUUAAAGUGUAGAGCUGCGAAUUCAUCCUUCGGGGACUCGUAAGUACCUGCCUGCUCUUCUCCGGGUACAGAGAGAUAGUCCUCGACGUACGACCACCCCUAAAUGAUCUUGCUAAGCAGGACCCUUGUUAAAUGAAUUUUUUCCCCCUUUUAUGAGUUUUCUUGCCACGGUUGUUAAGUGAAGCACUGCCGUUUAUAAGUUGAGUAACCCGGUUGUUAAGUGAAUCUGGCUUCCCCCAUCGACUUUGCUUGUCAGAAGGUCGCAAAAAAACGGAAUCACGGGACCCUGGGACGCUACAACAGGCGUAAGUACAUGCCAGUUGCCAAGCCUACGAAGUUCGAACACGGGGAGGCUGCAACGGUCGUAAGUGUGAAACACGGUCACUUUUAAGUCCCUUUUUUUCAGUGCCACUUUGAAUGGUCACUAAACGAACUGUCAUAAGUCGAGGACUACCUGUAGAACCCGCAAAGCACCGAAUUCCUUCCCGUUUGUGGACUCUCUUCCGUUUUUUUCUCAAACGGUCAAGAGUUCCGGAAUUGGGGAAGGGGGGAAAUAAGGAUUUGGGGGGGGGGGGUUCCUUCAAAGAUUUUCAAGUUGCCCAGAAGAAAGUUUUUGGGGAAAGUCCUGGUUUUGGUGUCUGAAGGCUCAGCCCUUUGCAUCCCAACAGCUGCCCCCCCCUCCCCGUUUCCCCCCUCCUCUUGGGUGAACAGCACCCUGAAAGCUCUCUUGUGGGGUGUACGGUUAAGGGGGGGGAACAAGAGGGGUGUCAGAAUCGGUGGGGCCGAUGCCCCAGAAGGACGGAAGCAGCGAGGUUCAAAGUCACAUCGAGAAUCCGGUUAAAUAUU